AUGAGGGUGGGUCUGACAGUAAUCUGUAGUCCAGUGUGGGUGGGUCUGUCAGUAAUCUGUAGUCUGGUGUGGCUGGGUCUGUCAGUAAUCUGUAGUCUGGUGUGGGUGGGUCUGUCAGUAAUCUGUAGUCUGAUGUGGCUGGGUCUGUCAGUAAUCGGUAGUCUGGUGUGGCUGGGUCUGUCAGUAAUCUGUAGUCCACUGUGGCUGGGUCUGUCAGUAAUCUGUAGUCUGGUGUGGGUGGGUCUGAGAGUAAUCUGUAGUCCACUGUGGCUGGGUCUGUCAGUAAUCUGUAUUCUGGUGUGGGUGGGUCUUACAGUAACUUGUAGUCCAGUGUGGCUGGGUCUGACAGUAAUCUGUAGUCCAGUGUGGGCGGGUCUGACAGUAAUCUGUAGUCCAGUGUGGGUGGGUCUGACAGUAAUAUGUAGUUUCAGUGUGGGUGGGUCUGACCGUAAUAUGUAG